UUUUUUUAUUUAUAUAUAACAUAAAUAAUAUUAAAACAUGAGAUUGAUUAUCAGAGAAGAUUACGAAGAAGUGUCUGGAUAUAUUGCCAACUACAUUAAAGAACGUAUCAAUCAAUUCAAACCAAGUGCUGAACGUCCUUUUGUAUUGGGUCUUCCUACUGGUUCUUCUCCUAUUGGUGUAUAUAAGAAGAUGGUUGAACUUUACAAGGCCGGUGACAUUAGUUUCAAACACGUGGUGACAUUUAACAUGGAUGAAUACGUUGGACUUCCUCGUGACCAUCCUGAAUCGUAUCAUUCAUUCAUGUGGAAGAAUUUGUUUAUGCAUGUGGAUAUUAAACCUGAAAAUGUACACAUUUUGGAUGGUAAUGCUCCUGACUUGGAUGAAGAAUGCAAGCAAUUUGAAGCUGAAAUUGAUCGUGUUGGUGGUAUUGAACUUUUCUUGGGUGGUAUUGGUCCUGAUGGUCAUAUUGCUUUCAAUGAACCUGGUUCUUCUUUAACUUCUCGUACUCGUGUCAAGACUUUGGCUUAUGAAACUAUCAUUGCUAAUGCUCGGUUCUUUGAUGGUGAUGUUUCCAAGGUUCCCAAGUUGGCUUUGACAGUCGGUGUAGCUACUGUGAUGGAUGCUCGUGAAGUAGUAGUUAUUAUUACUGGUGCUCACAAGGCCAUUGCUUUAGCCAAAUGUAUUGAAGAAGGUGUUAACCAUAUGUGGACUGUCUCAGCAAUUCAAUUACAUCCCAAGGGUUUGAUUGUAUGUGAUGAAGAUUCUACUUUGGAAUUACAUGUCAAGACCGUCAAAUAUUUCAAGUCCAUUGAACAUGUCCAUCAUAGUCUUAUUGGGGCCGAAAACUUAUCUUUGCAAGGUGGUGUCAAACAGCUCAAGAAUCCUACUUCUCCUACCACAGCUUCUCGACCAAAGACUCCUAUGAAUGGUCCUUAUGAAUAGAUUAAUCCUUAAUAUUUAUUUUACAUUUCUUUUUCUCUCUCCCUCUCUCUCUCUCAUAUCUACAUAUACUAUACUCUUUCUAGUUAGCUUGUUUUAUUUAUUCUUUAUCACCCAGC